GGCAUAAAGUAACCACUCUAGUUUUCAGUGUCGUUGCUCCUGCUCAAUGCAUGGCCAAAAAUGGCGCCGCUAGUUAAAAGUUUGUAGGUUAGGAAAACAAAAUUUAACAGCCUAGCUGUAACUUGUAAUUAAUAUAUUUAUUUUUUUACAUUUUACGAUUAAUAUUGAUAAUCAUCUACCAACUCUCAGUUUCUACUCAUCUCUUAUUCCAAAAAAAUUGAGUUGAUAUGGUUAAAAAUAGUUGAGAUGCAAUUGUGCGGUAAUCAGUAAUUUUAGGCAUAGCUCAGUAAUAUAUUUUAAUCAUUUUGUUUUAUGUGUAAUUAUGAUUUGUGUUUGACUCCUUGUAGAUAAUAUUGGAAUUUCUCAAACAAAAUGUUUAUCCUAGCAGAGUUUAAAGAUGUUGUUAGAACUCCACCAUCUUCAUUCAAUUCAACUCUACAAUCUUCUGUAUCCGAUUAUCUAAACGGAAAAUUAGCAAACAAGGUUCUUUACAAUGUUGGUCUGUGCAUUUCACUGUUUGAUAUCCAAGAAUUGGACAACUCGUUCAUAUUUCCGGGUGAUGGAGCAGCCCACACUAAGGUUGUAUUCCGAUACGUGGUUUUUCGACCCGCCAUUGAAGAGGUUAUCGUAGGCAAAAUUCGCUCUUCGUCCAAAGAUGGCAUUCACGUGACUUUGGGCUUUUUCGAUGACAUCUUCAUUCCGCCGGAGAACCUGCAGAAUCCGUCUCGCUUCGACGACCGCGAACAGGUGUGGAUCUGGGAGUAUGACGUGGACGGAGACAAGCAUGACCUGUUCAUGGAUCCAGGUGUGAAAAUAAGGUUCCGCGUGACAGCAGAGACGUUCGUUGAAACGUCACCGGUGCUCAAUCCUGAGGCCAAGGAAGUCAUUCCCGCCGAACCUCUCACUGAGCAACCCAAAAUACCUUACUCUAUUACCGCUACUAUUAACGAACCUGGCCUCGGUCUUUUAUCAUGGUGGAGCUGAUAUCUGUUUGUUUUGCUAAGUUUAUUCCUAAAGUUAUUUUGUGAUACUUGAUUAGUUCUUAAUUUAGUCAUAUACAUUCGAAUAAAAAUUUGGUAAGAGAAA